AUGGAGCUCCUCCGGAGUAUAUUGGUUGAUGGAGAAAAAACUGAUUUGGAUGAAGGCAAGAAAUCGUUUGUUCCUUUGCCAGCAUACUUCUCUGCUGCUCGCGAAUGCUGCACUGAUGACAUGGAAAAUCCAGUCAAAAUAAUUCCAAAAGGGAGACCAACUACCGAAGAAUCGAAAAACAGGAUUAAAUCCAGGCGCGAGCGGAUGAGAGGGAAAAAAGCAACAAAGAAAAAAUCAGGGAAAUCAAAGGUCACAAGGAGGAAGAAGCGAAAAGAGAAAGACUCAGAGACAGAAGAAGACACGGAGUCAGAUACAAAAGAAGAGGAAGCUUCUAAAAAAGGAACAAAGAAAGAAUCGGGGAAAUCAAAGGUCACAAGGAGGAAGAAGCGAAAAGAGAGAGACUCAGAGACAGAAGAAGACGCAGAGAAAAAAGCGGGGAAAUCAAAGGUCACAAGGAGGAAGAAGCAAAAAGAAGAGAUAGAGUCAGAUACAGAAGAAGAGACAGAGGCGGAUACUAAAGAAGAGACAGACGCAGAUACAGAAGAAGAGGAAGAUUCAGGUACAGAAGAAGAGGAAGAUUCAGAUGCAGAAGAAGAGGGAGAUUCAGCUGCAGAAGAAGAGGAAGAUUCAGCUGCACAAGAAGAAGAAGAUUCAGAUGUAGAAGAAGAGAAAGAUUCAGAUGCAGAAGAUGGUGGGCUAAGGAGGGCUAGGAAGAGACCAUUGGAGGUUGCAGAAGAGGAUUAUGCAAAACCAAACAAGUGGGCAUUACCACAAUUGAAAGACUCUAGGAAGGGCGGUAAAGAACAAGCCAAAGGGGUGAUGAAGACAAAAAGGCCUGCUAGGAAUGUACCAAAGGCUGAGUGA